AUGUUAAUUGACACAGAAGGUUUAUUUUCGUCGGAAAAAGGUGACGAAGAAUAUGAUCGACGCUUAAUACUUUUCUGUUUGGCUAUGUCACAUCUUGUGAUUAUCAAUGUUGCAGGAGAAAUAGAUAUGAACUUGAAAAAAAUGCUUAUUCUAUGUACAGAUUCAUUUCAAAAAAUGGGAGUGAGCAAAAUUGCUCGUCCAUCCGUGCAUGUUAUUUUAAAUCGGAGAGACAAUGUGAACGUCGAAGACAAUAGUAAUGUUAUUCAAAUAAUCAAAAAAGAUUUGAACAGUGAUAGUCUAGAUCAACAGAUCGAACUCAACGAAAACACAUUUCAUGCACUUCCGCAAGCAUUUAAGAAAAUAUCACUUGGAGAUACCAUAAACAUGCCUUCGCUUUUACAAACGGAUCCAACAUUUAUCAAUAUGACACAAGAUUUAUGCGAAAAGCUUAUCGAAGCUGGUAUCAAAACGUCGAAAGAACAUAACAAAGAGCUUUUUGAUCCUAUUCAGUGGCUAAGUAUGGCUGAUACGGUACUAGACAUACUCCGCAAAUUUCCCGACAUGACAUAUUUCAAUGACAUUCAUGAACGUAAACAAUACGAUUCGAUACGAGAAUGGAUUCGCGAUGAGCUCAAAAAAACAUUUACAGGAGACUUACGGAAGAAAUUACUUGCACGUGCCUUGAAAGAAGACGAAAUAGGGAUAAAAAGUAUCUUUACCAAUGAAUUUGCUCGAUUGAAACUAUCACUCAUGAAUGAAUUGGAGAAGAAAUUAACCAACGAAAAGGCAACAAAAGAUGUUCGAAAACGUUGCAAAACAUUUUUGGAAGUUCAAAUAGAUAGUCUUCAAUGUUGCUGGACUGACUCGGCUUUGAUGGAUAAAGAGAGUAAUGAAUUGAAAAAGCUGAUAGAAACAGGUGAAAACCAAUUGAACAAAACUAUUCGUGAUACAAUCGAAGCAGUUCUGGGAAAUCAAUGUGACAAACUUCAGCAGCUGGUACCCAACGUCGAUCAGCAGUUUCUCAAUGAUCUAAAAGGAGAAAAUCGUAGACGAGUCCAAGCGAUUGCACAAAAUGCCGGAGAUAUAUUCGAUAAAAUCUGGAACAAUGCAUAUCCUCGUUUGACAGCAGGGUUCAAUCAUGACACUCAAUGCACGACCGAUAGAUGGUCGCCCGAUUUUCAUUUACAUUUAAAACGCUGUAUUGUCGAAUGUGAUUUGACAUCGGAGCACUUCUUAUCCUCAACGGGAACCUGCAGAACAUUUUGGAAUAUUAAAAAAAGUUUUGAUGAAUUACUCGAUGACAUACGGGGUAAGAUAAUCUUGAGUGGAGAUGAUAGUCGAGUCGUGGAUAUUGAACUUGUGCAAGAGUUGGUCGGUGUGGUUCUGACUCAUAUUGAUAAAAUUGACAGUGAACUGGAGACUUUCAAUUUAAGUGCUUCCAAACAUUAUCUGGGGGCGAUUCAUACCUAUAGUGUUCUCAUUUUGACCAAAUUUUACUAUGACGAACAGUGGCACUCCUUCGAACAACUACUUCAGAAAGUGCAACAAAAAAAGGAUGAUUUACGUGCUUAUUUUAUUGCUAUGGUAACACAAGAUCAACAAAGCGAUCCAAGAUUUGCUGCAGUACUUGCAAAUAGUAUUUUUACUGCUGUGAGUCAAUAUUGUGAAACUGAAGGAGCUAAGAAGAUUCAUGAUCGUACAGCAGUUAAGUCAGCAUUUACUCAACCAUCACUUCUUAAAAAGAU